CCUAUCACACACAUUCUGUGGUGCCUGUGGAGGAACAUGAAAUGUUUCUGUAGGACCACCACUGUUCAAAGCUCGUGCAAGUCUUUGCAAGCUGGCAAUACUUUUUCCUUCUGUCUGGAAAGUUCCUCUACAGUAAAGUCUACUAACCAGCCCAUGUAGAAGAAUGAGAGGAGAGAAGCUGUUACUACCAGUGGUACUAAUGUCUGUGAUGACGAGUUUUUUACCAAUACAGACAUCUUAUGGACAGCACUUGGCAGAGGAACCCUGCACUGUUCAGAUCCUCGUUCCUGGACUCAAAGGAGAACCAGGAGAGAAAGGACAAAAAGGAGCACCAGGGAGACCAGGAAGAGUUGGCCCUCCUGGAGAGAUUGGCCAACCUGGGCUUAAAGGAGAGAAAGGACUUAUGGGACGGUAUGGAAAAGUGGGCCCAAGUGGAAUGAAAGGAGUAAAGGGAGACAGGGGGGAUCCAGGCCCAAGGGGCCCUAAUGGAGAGCCAGGUGUUCCGUGUGAGUGCACACCAAUGAGAAAAAUGAUUGGAGAAAUGGACAUUCUUGUGGCCCACCUAUCAUCUGAACUGAAAUUCAUUAAAAAUGCACUGCCCUCCCCUGCAGCUGUUGCUGGCAUAAAAGAGACAGACAGUAAAGUCUAUCUGUUGGUGAAGGAGGAGAAACGCUACUCUGACGCGGAGGUCUACUGUCAGGCGAGGGGAGGGCACCUGGCCAUGCCCAAGGACGAGGGAGCCAACACAGCCAUCGCGGGGUACAUUACCGAAGCAGGCCUGAGCAGAGUCUACAUUGGCAUUCACGACCUGGACCGAGAGGGUGUUUUCACCUACGUGGAUCGCUCUCCCAUGACCACUUUCACCAAAUGGAGGAAAGGGGAGCCCAACAAUGCCUAUGACGAUGAGGAUUGUGCUGAGAUGGUGGCCUCUGGAGAGUGGACUGAUGUGGCGUGCCACCCAACCAUGUAUUUUGUCUGUGAAUUUGACAAGGACAGUGUGUGAGUGCAGUCCCUACUGAAGAGCUGCUAAAAGAUUUGAUAAAUAUAAUGGAACAAAAGUUAGAUGAGUUCACAGUGUUUGUGUAAUACCUCCUAUCUGUAAAUAUGAUGACAAAAUGACAUGUAAGUGGUGCAAACUGCUUUGCUUUCUUUCCUUCCUUAUAAGCUUAUUGUAAGCUAUUUAUUUUCUAAACUCACAUAACAACCUGAGUUUUUGUUAGAAUUUUACUCAUUUUAAACACACUCUUAAUCUCAUACUGUGUGAUUCAUUAAUGUUCCCAACAGCAUGCCAGGUAAUACACUGAGUUUUUAUGUUAUGCAAACUAUCCACUGAGCAAUAUUUGCUACAGUGCCAUCAACAUACCAGGUAAAUAAGUAAAUGCAGAGGGCUGUAAUUUUUGUAGAAAAUAUGAAAUUAAAAGAAAGAUUUUGGUUCUAGUUGGGUGCUUUUUAUCAGAGAAAUUGAAUACACUAUGCAUUUUAUAUUCAUAUUCAUAUAGUAAGUUAUUUGGCGUUUGUUGUACAAUAAACAUUUACUAAUAAUUUAAAAAAUA